GCGCGUGCUUGUUUUUUUGUCGCGUUUGAUCCUCGGUGCUCGCCGUAGUCCCACGCUGGCUCACGGGAGGAUGGAUGAGUAACACCUUUAUACAGUGAGAUUUCUUUCAACACAAAAUACAAAGUGCUACACAACAGAAAACAAAAGCAGAUUCUUGGGGCCCUGAUGGCAAACGCUCUGCCCCAUAGUUUCCAGUCUAGAUCGUGGAGGUGACAGCCGACCCUUGCUUGAAGACCACAAGCUGCACACAGAGGUAUGACUUGCAGACGUGAUGGAGGCUCUGAAGAAACGGUUUGAUUUUCCCAGCCUGGUCGUACAAGCGCAGGCGGUGAGAAAUCUUGUUGCUGCUGUGCUAAAGGAGAAAGGGCAAAAUGGGCCAAUCACACAGGCAUCCCCUCAGGGCCCAGCGUUGGAGGCUCUGUGGCAGCAGUGCUGCAGUGACUGUGCUCUGGUGCGUUCAUCCUGCUGCGAUGCCGUGGUGCUGCUCGUGGAUCAGGACCACGCCGACCUGCACUACAUCCUCAACUGUGUCCUCAACCUCCUGCCCUCCGCCAGAAAUGUCCAGGGGCUUAUAAAGGUCAUUGGACGGCUGCUCCAGAUGCAAGCAGACCAGAGAGACCGAGAAUCCCGCUUCGCCUGUCCCUACUCCAUCAGGUCUGUCGCUGUCAUGUGUUUUUUUAUUGAUAUUCUGUGUAGCAUGUUAAACUGUGCACACACGGGGUAG